AUGCUUAGAUCUUUGCUUGGGAGGAUAAAAAAGGGUCUCUCACUGUUUGUAGCUAGAAGGCCUACAUUCAACUACUUCAGUGAAGAUCAUGCCGCAACCGCGGCGCCAGAUGAUGUUAUGGAAGGCUAUUUUGCUGUUCUUGCAAUCAAAGGAGAAGAAACCAAAAGGUUUAUUGUUGGGUUAGACUACUUGAAUGAUCCUGCAUUCUUGAGACUUCUGGACCAAGCUCGUGAAGAGUAUGGUUUCAGACAGAAGGAAGCUCUUGCACUCCCUUGUUGCCCUCAAGAGUUACAAAAGAUUCUAGAUGCUCCAAAAUCAUAG